UCUGAUUGAGGUGGCGUGUCCCCGCCCGGGCUUGUGCGCUCGGCUCAGCCCCGAUGGGGGGACUCGGAGGCUGCGGGGCAGCUGGCGAGGGGCGCUUCUGUGCGCGUGAGGAGUGAAGCGGGGGCAGCGGCCGGUCCAGAGCCCUUCUUCCUGCGCGAUUCCCGCGGCUCCCUCUAGGAGGUGAGCGUCCCCAGGCUUGGGCCGGUGGCGUUGUAGGGCUUCGCUGGGAGCGGGCUGCAAGAGGCUCCGAUCCGCUCGGGCUCCGCGAUCCGCUCGGGCUCCGCGAUCCGCUCGGGCUCCGCGGCGCAGCAGCUCCCGGGACUGCCUUUGACAGAUCGGUUCCGAGGCAAUUGAAGAGUUGGGAAGAGGUGAUUUCAAAGCCUGUUCUGAUUUUCAAAGGCAACCUGUGACAGGAAGAAUUAUAAACCAAGCUGACCGGGGAAUACUCUGGGUUUCCCCAAGAGAACAAGAUGGCGUCUCAGUGGAUGGUCACCAUAUUGGGGUGGAUGAGUUGGUGUUUGGCGACAGCAGGUCCCGUGCCUCAGACAGAAUGCGUGCUGUCUUCUGUCAACUCCUCACACCCUGUCCAAGCCUUGUUGGAGAGUUUCACUGUCCUGUCUGGCUGUGCAAGCCGGGGCACAACCAGUCUGCCUCAGGAGGUCCAUAUCCUGAAUCUCCGGAAUUCCGAUGAAGGACCUGGGCAGCCUGAGAGAGAGAUCACCCUGCACUUGAAACCCAUCUCAUCAGUGCACAUUCAUCAGAAGUCUGUUGUGUUCCUGCUCAACUCCCCUCAGCCCUUGGUCUGGAAGUUAAAGACUGAGCGGCUUGCUGCUGGUGUCCCCAGACUUUUCUUUGUAUCAGAAGGCUCUGUGGUCCAGUUUCCAGAAGGAAACUUCUCCCUAUCAGCAAAAACAGAAGAGAGAAGCUUUCCCCAUGAAAAUGCCCCUUUGUUGCAUUGGGCCCAGAAGGAGUAUGGAGCGGUUACCUCUUUCACUGAACUCAAGAUAGCGAGGAACGUUUACAUCAAAGUGGGUGAAGAUCAAGUUUUCCCUCCCACCUGCAACAUUGAAAAGAAUUUUCUGUCCCUCAAUUACCUUGCGGGAUAUCUUCAGCCAAAGAUGGCUGAGGGGUGUAUAAUGUCCAGCAUGCCUCACGGCCAGGAAGUACACAUCAUAGAAUUAAUCACACCCAACUCAAAUCCCUACAGCGUUUUCCAGGUGGACAUCGUAAUUGACAUUAGACCUUUUCGAAAGGAGCCUGAGGUGGUCAAGCAUCUUGUCCUGAUCUUAAAAUGCAAGAAGGCUGUCAAUUGGGUGAUCAAAUCCUAUGAUGUCCAGGGAAGCCUUAAAGUGAUUGCUCCAAAUAGCAUUGGCUUUGGGAAAGAAAAUGAGAGGUCCAUGAGAAUGACAAAAUCCAUAAGAAAUGACAUUCCUUCAUCUCAAAACAAUUUGAUCAAGUGGGCUUUCGAUAAUGGCUACAGUCCAGUGACGUCUUACACAAUGGCCCCAGUGGCCAAUCGAUUUCAUCUUUGGCUUGAGAAUAAUAAUGAGGAGAUGAGUGAUGAGGAAGAACAUUCCACUCCCCCAGAGCUUCGGAUACUCCUGGGAGGCAGCCCUCUGCCUUCCCCAGAGAACCCUUCCAUCCCGGGAGGAAGUUUCCCUUUUCCGUUCCCUCCCAUCAGCAGGAAAGGGAGACCGGAGAAGAAGGGAGACGAUGGGUUCCCUCAGCCAAACAAGCCUCUCCAUCCCACCCUCCAGAUGUUUCCCAGCCCGAAGGAGCCCCAAGAGGCACAAGGACACGUGGAUAUUGCCUUCUCUGUCCGUUGUGAUGAUGAAAAGAUGGUGGUGGCUAUUGAAAAGGAUUCUCUGCAGGCUAACGGUUACAUGGGAACAGAACUUUCCCUGUCAGAUCCAACCUGCAAGGCCAAGACGAAUGGAAGCCAUUUCAUUUUGGAAUCGUCCCUGAAAGACUGUGGCACGCAGCGGCGCCUGUCAGCCCCUGACAGCGUGGUUUAUUACAACUCAAUCAUAAUGCAGCUGUCGGCCCCUGGGGACAGCAGCGGUUGGCCCACGGAUUAUGAAGACCUGGAAUCGGGCAACAAUGGCUUUCCAGGAGAUGCUGACGAAGGAGAUAGUUUCUUCAUUAGCAGGCCUGAAAUCGUAGUGUUUAAUUGCAGCCUAAGACAGACGGGCUUCCCCGAUGUGUCCCACCAGCCCCAGGUCCAGAACAUCACCUUCAACAUGGAGCUGUACGAUACAGAACUCUUCCUGGUGCCCGUCUCGGGCAUCUUAGCCGUGGCAGAAAAUGGGCACAUUUAUGUUGAGGUCUCUGUUACCAAGGCCGACCAAGACGUGGGAUUUGCCAUCCAAACGUGCUUUAUCUCUCCGUACUCCAACUCUGACAGGAUGUCUGAUUACACUAUCAUAGAGAACAUUUGUCCUAAAGAUGAAUCUGUGAGAUUCUAUUCACCCCAGAAGGCACAUUUCUCUCGACUCCACCAUGCACAGAUGGACAAAAAGAGAUUUAGCUUCAUGCUCAGACCCGUUUUUAACACUUCGCUGCUCUUCCUACAAUGCGAACUCACCUUGUGCACAAAGAAGGAAGAAGACACCCACAGAUUGCCAAAGUGUAUCCCUCCUGAUGAAGCCUGUACCUCUUUGGAUGCAAGCAUGAUCUGGGCCAUGAUGCAGAAUAAAAAAACCUUCACCAAGCCCCUGGUGGUCGUCUACUCAGCUGAAAGCACAGAUCCAACUCUAGCCAAUCCAGGCGGGAAUCCGCCACCAAUUUUACCCGGCUUGGACACGCUGACCGUCAUGGGCAUCGCCUUCGCAGCUUUUGUGAUUGGAGCACUCCUGACAGGCGCCUUGUGGUACAUCUACUCUCAUACGGGAGAGACGGCAGGAAGGCAGCAAGUCCCUACUUCUCCUCCAGCCUCUGAAAACAGCAGCGCUGCCCACAGCAUUGGCAGCACCCAGAGCACCCCCUGUUCCAGCAGCACAACCUAACACCGCGGACCGGAGGGAAAGCCAGCGUCUCCCCAGGGAGGGCAGUGGUUCCGAGGGAUUGUCCGUUCGUUGAUGCUUGGUCCCCAAACUUGAAAGGUUUAAUUUGGUUCCCUUUGAAAUAGAGAAGAGACUUAAAUGUUAAAAAUCACCAGAUAGAUUCGUCCCCAUCUUCCUCCACCUUGGUCUUCACGGUCUUUGGACCUUUCUCCCUGACAUUGUCAGGAAACGUAAAAAAACAAAACAAAACAAAAAAACCCCAAACUCCUUGUCCCUCCAGACUCUUAUCUCCUAGUGAGAGGAUUGGAGGUUUCUCAAUGUGAAACACACAUAUCCUUGCUUUGUCUGUAAAAAUACAUCCUUUCCUUGGAGUGUCCAACUUUUACCCUGGUUCAAGGAGUUGGUUAAGGGGAUAGCAAUAUGGUAGAAUUAAGUGAUAAGGAAGAUUGAUGUCACCAGAGGAUUCCUUUGAAGGAGAACCAAGACAUUUUUAGUUCUGGAUUGAAGUAGUUCAUGGCAUCUUGUAUGUUGGGCUGCAUCUAAGUGGAAACCUUUGUUGGGGUGAGCGCCUUUUUCGCAUUGUUCUUACAUGCCCUGAAGCUUCACACUUCUGUGAUGGCUCCUGCCUUUAGUAACCAGCUCAGGCUCCAUAGCAAGACAACAUUCCUUUACAUGUGCUUUGGGCCAGAACAAUUGCAGGUACCCUACACACACACACACACACACACACACACACACACACACACACACGUGUAUGUGCUUUAGAUAGCAGCGAUCUUAUCUUAGUGCAGAUUUCACAUGUGUUGUCCCCACUCUCUCUAAAUAGAUUGUGACCAAGUUCUGCAGUUCCUAAUUGGUACAUCCUUCUGCCUUUGUGUUUCAUUUAGGUGGCAUCUAGAUUAGGACAGAAUUUGGCACUGGACCCCACAUAGAACUCAUCCCAUGAUAAUGCAUAGAAAUGCAUAGGCAUGACAACUAAUCUGGCUUGAGUGUUUUGUUUUUUUUCUAGGUCAAGAAGAAAUAAGUUUAGUGGUACUCUGAAAAUGUUGUAGGACUUCCUAGCUGGAUCUUACUUGUGUGUAUAUUUUGGGUAAUAUGCUCUACCCUUGCAAAAUAGGUCAAAACUCUAUAAGCCCAGUUUAUACAUUAUAUAUGUGCAUAUACAUAUAUGUCUGUAUAGACAUGUGAACAUGCAUAUGUGUGUGUAUCUAUAUAUAAUUUUUUAAAAACAAGCAAGAACAAAACCAGAAACUUUUUAAAGAUGAAAAUUCAUGGUAGUUUCUGUUAAACUACUGGUUAGUUACCUAAAUGAUAUAAUUGACUGACAAAAGUUGUGUCAAAACACAGAAUAAGUGUGCUUAUUUUGACCAUUUUUAUUUAGCACUCUUGCUCUAAAUACAUCCCAAACUUAAAACAACUUGGAGGUAAAUUUCAUGAAAUGAAAUUAUAUAAUGCAACUUAAAUGUGCUUCACUGAUCCCUUUGUGUUUGAUGAAAAAAAAAAUCCUCCAGAGGAAAUUUUUUAUGCCAAAUAAUUCACCGAUGGUGAUGUCUUCUUCACCAAUUGUGUGUUUAGCCACUUUCCAGAAUUCCCAAAGAAAUUAUUUAGAAUUCCCUAAUCAGAACAGACCACAUUCCACCCUCUCAGACUCACCAGCCAGUCUCAUUUAUUUGAAAGCAAUAUGUGGUGAUUCUUGACCAGCAGGGUUCUAGACACCACAAGUGUCUAUAGCUACCAAAGCCCACACAGCAGCCAUUUGAUCAAAGUUGAAUGAGGGUUGGCAAUCCGGCAAAAUUAAUUCAGUCGUUUCAGAGGCUAUCAGAUCAAUUUAGCCCAAAUCAAUCUACUUUCUAUGGAAUGUUUAGUUUGGCCAUUGACCAAGAUCAAUUGAAAAAAAUAACAAAACACAACAUCUAUUUGCCAAACUUGACUAGAAGUAUAGAGUAGCAGGGAAAUUUCUGCUUCUGGGGCUUUUUUUUUGGGGGGGGGGUUGUUUUUGUUUUUUGUUAUUAAACACAUAGGCAUCAGAGUAGGGAAUCUAAAAAAAUAUGCUACCUGUGUUUGGGAAUAAUGCGCUUUGCCUAACCUUCAGCUGAAUGUAUUGUUUUAGUCUAAUCUAUGUAUAAAAAAAAAUCUUAAAAGAUGUCUUCAAGGAAGACUAGAGUCUUUAAAUCACUUAUAACUAUAUUUUACUACAUAAAAUUUGUGUAUAAAGAUAUAUUUAAAUGUUUUUGAUAAAUUUAAGUUACUCAGUAUGAAAUGUCUAAUUUCAAUUACUGUGAAUUCUUUUUGUCAACCUUUUUAAAAAACUUCUUUUUAACCCUCUCUGUCAUAAAAAAUGAGCUAUUCUUGUAAGAAGUAUUAGAAAAUCAAUUUCUUAGAUGGACAGGGUUAAAACCUUUUGUAAGAUAUUUAAAUGUAUAUUUUUGAAAGAAAUAUGCUGCAUUACCAAUGAUUUUUUAUCAAGAAUUUACUCUAAUUUUAAACUAAUUUACAGAUUUAUAUUUACAGACUGACAAACCAAAAUUUGCUAUUUGUUUUAAAAGAAAGAAAAUUGAAAAGAUUUUUUAAAAAAUUUUUAGACUUCUAUUCCAGAUCUAUUUGAAUAUAUCCAUUUGUUCCCACCUAGCCAUCACUGUGAUUAUUCACUUUAAGAAAUCUGAACUAAUGGACCAUUAGUAUAACUGGUUAUCGAGGUGAUGAAUGCUAUCAAAUAUUACUUCUGCGAUAUUUCUAUAAAACAAAACUUGCAGAGGUGGGUGUUUCCCCACCCCCUCUCCCACCCUGCAGCCAACAACAGCCUUAGUCCAAGAAUGUACAUGGCUCUCAUAACACCAUUUCUAAUGGUUUCUCAAGUCACCCUCUUGAUACAAUACAAGCACAAGUCCUCAUUUUAUAAUAUUUACAGCAGUUUUCUCAUAAAGCUCUUCUGGGUUCUUUAUUAGCCAAACAUUUCUACCCACAAUGCAUUGUACGUUUUUUCCGCUAGAAAAGUUCUCUUGGUUCAAAUACUAAGAUUCCGAGGUUGAAUGAUUAGCUUGUUGGGGUCAAAUCUUGUCUGAGUAAUAGAGCACAGCUCAUUUGACAAUAUGGAGCUGGGCAGAUGUUACUCUCCAUUAUUGCAAGAAGUCUGACGUUAUUUACUAUGGGAAGGUGGUUGUCUGCUUGUCUCUUACCAUGAUUGUAAUUUCUGUGCCCUGAUUGUUCUCUGUGAUGUAUGUUGUACUAGUCUUUUCUGUAAUGUGACUACCUCAAGGUUUGAAAGGAGACUUGUACUGCUGGGUGUGCCUAAAGAGCACUUUUUGUUGGGUGACGCAUGUGGGUGUGGGUGGAUGUGGUUGUGUGUGUGUGUGUGUGCGCGUGUGUGCUUAAGUGUAUUUGUGUAUUUGUUGGUGUGUCCUGCCUGGGGGUCGUUCAUGAAAUUAACAGAUAUUUUGAGAAAAUGUUGGUCAGUUUCCACAUACAAUACAUCUCCAUCUCCAUUUGUCUCUCUCCUCCCUUCCCUUCCCUUCCCUUCCCUUCCCUUCCCUUCCCUUCCCUUCCCUUCCCUUCCCUUCCCUUC